GGCCGGGCUCUGGGCAGGGCGGGCGCGGCCGCGCUGCGCUUUUAAGCCCCGGCUGCUGCCGGCAGCGCCGCCGGGCUCCGCGCUGCGCCGCUCCGCGACCCCCCCCUUGCCCCCCGGCAUGGGCACGGGCACGGGCACGGGCAGGGGCAGCAUCCAGCUGCAGGACUUCGCCGCCGGCUGGGUGGGCGGAGCCGCGAGCGUGGUUGUGGGCCACCCACUGGACACCAUCAAGACUCGUUUGCAAGCUGGACAAGGAUAUGGAAAUACACUCAACUGUGUUCUUACUGUGUACAGAAAUGAGUCCGUGGCCGGCUUCUUCAAAGGCAUGUCCUUCCCGCUGGCCAGCAUUGCUGUCUACAGCUCGGUGGUGUUUGGCGUCUUCAGCAACACGCAGCGGCUCCUCAGCCAGCUCCGGCACGGAGACGCCUCCCAUGCGCCGGUGCUGGCCGAUGUGGCGCUGGCCAGCAUGGUGGCGGGGUUCGUCUCCGUCGGGAUCGGCACUCCUGUUGACCUGGUGAAGAUAAGGCUGCAGAUGCAAACACAGCCAUACAUCACAGCCAACAAUAAAAUAAAGCCCACAGUUCCUGGAUUUCCCAUGUACCGAGGCCCGAUUCACUGCUUUAGGACAGUCCUACAGAAAGAAGGGAUAGCAGGAAUAUACCGAGGUGUGGGAGCAAUGCUUCUGAGGGAUGUUCCUGGGUACUGCCUGUAUUUCAUCCCUUACACAUUUGUCUGUGGAUGGAUUAACCCCGACGGAUGCAUUUCCCCGAAUCCCUCUUCCGUGUGGCUUGCAGGGGGUAUAGCAGGAGUAAUUUCCUGGGGGACUGCUACUCCAAUGGAUGUUGUGAAAAGUCGACUUCAGGCAGAUGGAGUUUACUUAAACAAGUACAAGGGGAUCCUUGACUGUAUCUUGCAGAGCUACCAGAACGAGGGCCUAAAAGUCUUUUUUAGGGGCAUCACGGUCAAUGCAGUGCGAGGAUUCCCCAUGAGUUCAGCCAUGUUUCUUGGCUAUGAACUUUCUCUCAAAGCAAUGAAAAGAGACCAAACUGAGACCAAUCCUUAACUUCCAGCAUUGCCAAGAAGACCUGAUCAGUCUCCUACUUUCCUGAGCAGUACGGUGAUGGUGAGGGCUCACUGGUCUCAUCGAAGACUCCUGGCACUGCAGAAGCCCACAGCUAUGGCAUCUGCUUUCUCUUCUGCCACGGACUUAGUCCCUGGAAGGCUCCAAACCUGCACCAGCCCAAUCAAGCCCAAAGACCAUUUUCUUUUCGAAGCUUUCACUCUGUUGUCUAAGAGCACCUUACUAAUUUUCAUUGUGGUAUUGCACUUUUUCACUAAUGGCAUUUUGCUUAUCAAACCAAUGGAACAACUUUCCCCUUUCCCACAUGAGUGAGAUACACCCAAAGCCAGCCCACACAACGUCAUCCAAGUGAGUGUUUUUUGUACAAUACCAUGUAUAAUGCUCAUCUUUGUGAACAAGGAUCUCCUGCUCUGGAAAGAGAAGGGGAAAGCACUGUGGGUGCAUGGGUGCUUUUUGUGUAGGAACAUCUGGAUUCCUACCAAAUCCUAACUCACUUUCAGGACUGAAGAACUGGAUGAUUCCAUCUGUACGAAUGAACGUUUUUGUUUUUCAUUAUAGAAUUCCCCACUUUGCCACAGUUUAAUGCAUUAUCAUGAACAGAUUUGAAGGUCUUCAACAACUUCAGUUUGUUAUCCAAGGUCUAAAUUAAUCUGGGAAACAUAAGGAUGAUAUAAAUUCAGAUUUUAAGCCACUCUUUUACUUCAGAAGAUAAUAAAACAAGCCACACAUAAAACACAAUUCAUAUUGUGUUUUAGGCUGCCUAUUGAUGUAGCUGACUUGCCCUGUGUAGCCCUCCAGGGACCUGCUAGCGGUACAUGCCGGUGUCUGCUAGCCCAUCUGAUUUCUCUGCUGUAACAGUCCAGCCUGCCAACUGCCAAAUCCUGCAGACAUUGCUUUGCAGCCUUGAAGAGAUGCCAUCAAAAGACGUCCCUAAGGCGUGCAGAGUCUGUCCCAAACUGUAUCCUCUAAAUACACCAGCUGCCUUCAGACCUCCAGCUCUGCUGCAAUCUUACAGAGAUGACUGGGGCACCCAGGUCUCUCUUUGGUCUACCUCAGUUUUUCAAUUAAUCUCAAGACUUUUUACAUCGUGAUUAUUUCUGUUUAUUCUGUUAAAAAUCUCCAUGCUUUAUUUUCUAAGCACGGAGCUUCUGAUGCCAAAAAAAACCAAAAAGAACGAGCACUGCAGUGACAAGAGGACUCUGGUGGCACAGGCAGGAGAGGCUGAGGGGUAACAGGCUGGCACAUCAAGGGACGUGCGGUGAGGAGGAAUGGUCUGGGUCCACAUCGUCCUCAGGGAAAUGUUUGGUUCCCUCCUUCUUCUUCUGGAGAAAGAGACCCCUGGGGAUAAAGCUCAGCAAUGUUUUGGCAGAUGUUUCUGAAGACAGCCUGGAGCAGCCAUCAAGCUUUCCUCCAUAAAAGGAGAAGAAAGAAGGAGAAACUUGUACAUCCUUAUUCCUUGAUGAAUGGAAGAAUUGGCCGCAAGACUUGGAGAGCUCAUCAGAAAUCGCCUAAAAACUUGGGCGUGGAGCAGCGCUCAGAAAUGGGCUCCCAGACCUCCUGAAACAGUGUGGGCUCCCCUUUGCUGGGGCCUGAAUUAAAAUCAAAAGGGUGGCUUCCCCCAAAACUGGCCCUAAAAAGUGGGAGAAACAGCUGGUGUUGCUUCAUCUCAGGACCUGUAGGCAAGGAGGCUCAUAGCCUUUGAGCUUGGCAAGAACACAAGGAACUGACAAACAAUAUGGAUAAAAUUAAUGAGCUUUCACUCAAGUAUUUGUUGCUGGCUACCUUUAUGGAGUCAUCCUUUCCAUGUUACCUAUACAUAAAACAUGUUCUCUAGAUGCAUAAUGUCUUGUGUCCCCAGGGUUCAUACUUGGGGAAACUGGCUUUUCAAUGCAAAUAAACUGUUGGUUAUCUGCCUGCAUUAAGUAAAAUGGACCGUGAAUGAAUUAAAAAUAUGAGGUUUGCAACGGGCUGUGAA